UUCACGGAGUGAGCACCAUGAACGCCGUGAGAUUGUUCUUUGCCCUAAGUUGCCUGUGGAUUGGUUCCUCUGCCGGAGAUGGGAACGAUCCGCUGCUGAUUGAGCUCCAGCAUGGCCAGCUGCGUGGACGCGACAAUGGAAACUACUACAGCUACGAGGCAAUACCCUAUGCUGAGCCUCCGCUGGGAGAUCUCCGUUUUGAGGCUCCGGUGCCAUACAAGCAAAAAUGGACGGACACCUUCGAUGCCACACAACCGCCAGUGGUGUGCUUGCAGUGGGACCAGUUUACCCAAGGAGACAACAAGCUCGCUGGCUCGGAAGACUGCCUGACCGUCAGCAUUUACAAGCCAAAGAACACCAGCAGGAGAAGCUUUCCCGUGGUGGGACACAUUCAUGGCGGUGCCUUCAUGUUUGGAGGCGCUGCCCUGAACGGACAUGAGAAUGUGAUGCGGGAGGGCCAAUUCAUACUGGUGAAGAUAAGCUAUCGCUUGGGGCCACUGGGCUUUGCGAGCACCGGUGACACAGAUCUGCCCGGAAACUAUGGCCUUAAAGAUCAGCGUCUGGCUUUGCAAUGGAUCCGGGAAAACAUUGCAAACUUUGGUGGAGAACCAAAGAAUAUACUGGUCAUAGGACACUCCGCUGGAGGAGCCUCUGUCCAUUUGCAACUGCUCCGUGAGGAUUUUGGCAAGCUGGCCAAGGCAGGGAUCUCCUUCAGCGGCAAUGCCCUCGAUCCCUGGGUUGUCCAGAAAGGUAGCCGCGGAAGAGCCUUUGAACUGGGCCGCAUUGUGGGCUGCGGAUUGUCUAAGGACUCUGCCACUCUGAAGAGCUGCCUGAAGUCCAAACCAGCCGGCGAAAUAGUGACUGCUGUACGAAACUUCCUUAUAUUCUCCUACACGCCUUUUACUCCAUUUGGCCCUGUGGUGGAGCCUUGUGAUGCAGCAGACGCCUUCCUCAUUCAAAAUCCAGUAGAUGUGAUCAAGAGCGGAAAGUUUGGACAAGUGCCCUGGGCGGUGACCUAUGUCACGGAGGAUGGUGGUUACACUGCCGCUUCACUUCUGGAAGGAGGCAACAAGCCUGGACAGACAUUGCUCGAGGAACUGAAUGAUCGCUGGUUCGACUGGGCGCCAUCUAUGCUUUUCUAUAGGGACUCUAUGCAAUGCAUUGGGGAAAUGGAUGAUUACUCGUGGAAACUGAGGCAGGAAUAUAUGGGAGAUCGACGGUUCAACGAUGAAAGCUAUUGGGACCUGCAGCAGUUGUUUACGGACGUCCUUUUCAAGAACAGCACACAGGACUCAUUGCAGCUCCACCGAAAAUACGGAACAAGUCCUGCCUACUCGUUUGUCUAUGACAAUCCGGCGGACAAGGGAGUAGGACAGGCUCUGAGCAACCGGAGAGAUGUCAAGUUUGGAACUGUGCACGGAGACGACUACUUUUUGAUAUUCGAAAACGGAUUACGCAAUCCACAAUUACGUCCGGACGAGGAGGUGAUUUCUAAGAACUUCAUAAAGAUGCUUGGAGACUUUGCUGUCAGCGACAAAGGCAUUCUUACCUACGGGGAGUGCACUUUCCAGGAUAAUGUAGGCAGUGAGACUUUUAAUUUGCUUUCGAUAACUCGGGACGGUUGCGAGAAUAAGCAAUAUGUUGAGUUUCCUUAGGGUUUUUAAUUUAAAUACAAAAAUUUGUAUAAUUCCCAUAAAUUCUGAAGAAAAAUAUUCUCUGUGUAAUUUUUAUUUAAAUGCUAAAUUGCUAAUA